AUGGAGCCGCUGCCUUACAGCGAGAGCAAUAACAGCUGGGACUGUUCGAUACGGAGAGAGAAGGUGGAGGAAAGGAUUGAUCAAGAUUUACAAAAUCAUGAAAGGUACAAAGUUGCUGUUAACCAAAUCCCACAGUAUGAGAAUGAGGAGGCACCUUAUGAAAACAGUGGAAGAUCAUUUUUUAGACUUGUAAAGAAAAUGCUUUUCUGCAAAGCAGAUUGUGAACUUCUAGAACAUAUUGCCACCAGAGACUGGGGACUUGGACACUAUCUCGAGGCGGACCUCCCCAGCUGGCCGGUGGACGUGUCGGUGGCCGCGGACUGCCUGGAAGUGAGAAACGGCGGGAGCUGCGAGGCGGCGGCGCUGCCGGCAGAGGUCAGGCUGGCCCCGUCCUCUUGCCGCGGCCUGCGCCGCCUCCCCGCCGACGGCCUCCACCUCCGCAUGCGCCUGAGAAUAAUGGUUUCAGCACCAGAAAUGCACUGGAAUACUCUGGAAAGACUGAAACCCCAGAAGAAUUACGUCGUUUACUGUCAAUCCUGUGGUGACAUCAUAGUACAAGACCGGAAAUUUCUCAGAGUUCUUCCUCUACCAAGUGAAAACUGGAGUGCUUUAGUUGAAGAGUGGUGUUGUCACCCUAACCCCUUUGCCAGAAGCACUUUGCACCCUCAGCAUCAUGACUGUUUUCUUGGAGACACUUUUUUUCUGUUGAAUUCAGGAAAAGAAUCACAUGUGCCUGAAUCUACCAUGUGCUGCUCAGAGACUGGACACCAUGCUUCUCAGAGUGGCUCCAACUUGAAAUCAAAGGAAAAUACCAGAGUAAUUUGUAAGCGCUGCAAGACAAUGCUGGGAGAAGCAGUAUCAUCAGAUACCAUUAAAUAUUAUGUCACUGAGGUGAUUAUUCAACCAUCUGAGGCAAGUUUCAGCCCAACAUCAAGGUCUCAAUUUGUACAGAGCAUGGUUGCUCAGUGUCUUGUGGAAUUGUCCUCUGCUAAAAGCACGUUUAGAUUCACCGUAAAAGGGGAUAAUGGAAAAAUCUAUAUUCUGAUAUGGCUUUUAAAUUCUGACACAUUGCUGGUGGAAUCUUUAGGAAGUUCCUCCUCCCACAGUGUGUUUACACUGUUUGGAGAUAUUUUCAUGCCUAGCUCUGGACCAGUGGGGACCUGGAAUGCUGUCAAAGUCCUUUACCAGCCGUGCAUUAAAAGCAGGAAUAAGGAGUAA